AAACCAUCCAUCUCUCUCACUCUCUCCCUCUAACUCUAUGCUGAAAUAUAUUGCUCUUCUCUUCCAAACUCCUUAGGUUGAUAGAAGAUGGCGACUGCAGGAAAAGUAUGUAUCUCUGUCUUCACCCCUCUCUUUUUCUAAUACAUAUCUGUAUAUAUAUAUAUUAAUCUAUUUGAUGCAACUUUUAUCACUUUUCUUUCUUUUGUAUUUGUAUGCAUGUACAGUACACAUACAGUUGGCUUCCUACCAAAUUAUUGUUAUUGAGAGAUAUGCAUGUGUGAAGGUGUAAUGAUAGAGUAUCCUCUGCAUAAGUUAACAGUCUGCAUUUAAACUAGUUGAUCAAUCCUCUCUUAACUGUUAUUGAACUGAUAUGUAAUAAUGUACAAUCUGUGAUUAAAAGUGUUUUGGUAAGAUUUGAUUAAGGUUGAGUGUGUACUUUAGAAAAUGACAGUGAGUUGUGGCAUACCCAGGGUUGGGUAGGUUACUUUCAAAAUGUAAUCCGUUACUAGUUACCUGUCCAAAAUGUUAAUCAGUAAUGCACUUUUUGAAUUAUCCAAACUAAUCGGAUUGCUUUCAGUUACUUUUGGAUUCAUUUCCCCUUAAGAGGCAUCAGAAUAAGACAAAAAUGAUCCAUCAAAUGCAGAUUACUCAGGUGGAACAAACUUAAACUUGCGCCUUUUUUCAAUGCUGAAUUGAAUGUCAUUGCGAAAACACCCGAAAAGUAAUCUAAUCCAAAAGUAUCUGUAAUCAGAUUACAAAAUAUAUAAAACAUUUUAAAAAUCUGAUUACAUGUUACAUGUAAGAUUACAUGUAACUGAUGACAUGUAAUCAGUAACUUCCCAAACCUGGACAUACCAUAGCACUCUAGUAAUUACUUUUCAAGUUCAACAGAGGUUUGUCCUGCAGAAUAACAACCUCUUGUUUGGGAUAAAUAUCCUUUUGGAAUUACGCAAUAACUGGAAUGGACUUUAAACCUGGCAGCUGCGGUCACUCGCUCACAAACACACACACACACACACACACACACACACACACACACACACACACACACACACACUGCAAACUCCAUGCCUAAUGUGAAGUAUAGGAUGUUUUUUGGGGGGAAUCUUUGAAACUAUCCAGAUAGUUUUUGCACAACCAUUGACAUUGGCAGAGAGUGCAUCUUGGAUAAAGCCAAUGGACAAAAAGAUAAAUAUUUAUAUUGGUUAGAGGAUUAGGGUUCGAGUUGCGCAACAGUGGAAUUAAUCAGAUUGUACUGUAAAAAAUGAAGUAUAUAAAGACUAGAAUUAAGCCUUUUGCAGAAAUACACUACAUGACCAAAAGUAUGGGGACACCUGCUCGUCGAGCAUUUCAUUCCAAAAUCAUGGGCAUUAAUAUGAAGUUGGUCCCCCCUUUCCUGCUAUAACUGCCUCCACUCUUCUGGGAAGGCUUUCCACUAGAUGUUGGAACAUUGCUGCUGGGACUUGCUUUAAUUCAGCCACAAGAGCAUUAGUGAGGUUGGGCACUGAUGUUGGGCGAUUAGGCCUGGCUCGCAGUUGGUGUUCUAAUUCAUCCCAAAUGUGUUCGAUGGGUUGAGGUCAGGGCUCUGUGGAAGCCAUGAAGUUCUUCCACACCAAUCUCGACAAACCAUUUCUGUAUGGACCUCGCAUUGUGCAUGGGGGCAUUAUCAUGCUGAAACAGGAACGGCCUUCCCCAAACCGUUGGAAGCACAGAAUAGUCUAGAAUGUCAUUGGAUGCUGUACCAUUAAGAUUUCCCUUCACUGGAACUAAGGAACCUAGCCCGAACCAUGAAUAACAGCCCCAGACCAUUAUUCCUCCUCCACCAAACUUUACAGUUGGCACUAUGCAUUGGGGCAGGUAGCGUUCUCCUGGCAUCCACCAAACCCAGAUUAGUCCAUCGGACUGCCAGAUAGUGAAGCGUGAUUUAUCACUCCAGAGAACGCGUUUCCAUUGCGCAAGAGUCAAAUGGUGGUGAACUUUACACCACUCCAGCCGACACUUGGCAUUGUGCAUGCUGAUCUUAGGCUUGUGUGUGGCUGCUCGGCCAUGGAAACACAUUUCAUGAAGCUCCCGAUGAACAGUUAUUUUGCUGACGUUGCUUCCAGAGCAGUUUGGAACUCGGUAGUGAGUGUUGCAACCAAGGACAGACGAUUUUUACGCGCUACGCGCUUCAGCACUCCGCGGUCCCAUUCUGUGAGCCAAGUUCAAUUAGACGUUUUCACAUCACAGUAACAGCACUUAUAGUUGACCGGGGCAGCUCUAGCAGGGUAGAAAUUUUACGAACUGACUCGUUGGAAAGGUGGCAUCCUAUGACGGUGCCUCAUUGAAAGUCACUGAGCUCUUCAGUAAGGCCAUUCUACUGCCAAUGUUUGUCUAUGGAGAUUGCAUGGCUGUGUGCGCGAUUUUAUACACCUGUCAGCAACGGGUGUGGCUGAAAUAGCCGAAUCCACUAAUUUGACGGGAUGUCCACAUACUUUUGUAUAUAUAGUGUAUAUGUGAAUGGUCCUAUACAGUGGUGGAAAAAGUAUCCAAUUGUCAUACUUGAGUAAAAGUAAAUAUACCUUAAUAGAAAAUGAAAGUAAAACAAUAUUUGGGUAAAAGUCUAAAAGUAUUUGGUUUUAAAUAUACUUAAGUAUCACAAGUAAAUGUAAUUAUCAAAGGUAAAAGUAUAAAUCAUUUCAAAUUUCUUAUAUUAAUUAAACCAGACGGCACCAUUUUCUUGUUUUCAAUUCUUCAUUCAUUAUUUACAAACAAAGCAUGUGUGUUUAGUGAGCCUGCCACAUCAGAGGCAGUAGGGAUGACCAGGGAUGUUCUCUUGAUAAGUGUGUGAAUUUGAUAUUUUCCAGUCGUGCUAAGCUUUCAAAAUGUAAGAAGUGCUUUUGGGUGUCAGUAAAAAGUACAUUAUUUUCAUUAAGAAUGUAGUGAAGAUAAAGUAAAAGUUGAAAUAGUAAUGUACAAAUACCUCAAAAAACUACUUAAGUAGUACCUUUAAAGUAUUUUUACUUAAGUACUUUACACCACUGGUCCUGUAUUGGCUUGUGUUGAUGGCUGUGUUGGGUUGUGUUUUAUAGGUGAUUAAAUGCCGCGCUGCAGUGGCAUGGGAGCCAAGUAAACCCCUGGUGAUGGAGGAAAUUGAGGUGGCUCCUCCCCAGGCACAUGAGAUUCGCAUCAAGGUGAGAGAGACCACAAUCAAUGCAAACACAUACACAAAAGCUCUCAUUUAUGCAGUCCACACAAGGCUGAUAUUAACCUGGCCAAGUAUGAGAGCACUCCUGAAGACACACAAGCACACAUGAAUACACAUAACGUGCCAUAGGACCAGUCGAAGGCGUACACAUAAAUAAACAUGAGCAUACAGAAACACUCCUGACACUCACGUGAGCAAAUUUUGAGAACACUUUGUUUUUGUCCUGUUGAGUGCAGAUAGUGGCCACGGGUGUGUGUCAUACUGACCUGUACCACCUGUUUGAGGGGAAACACAAGGAUGGCUUCCCUUGUGUCCUGGGUCAUGAGGGGGCUGGGAUCGUGGAGAGUGUGGGGUCUGAAGUGACCAAGUUCAAUCCAGGUCAGAAAUGCAGCUAGUAAACCUGUAUUUUCAAAUGGAUACAAAUAACAGUGUGUACGAUAAAGCUGUGUACUCCGCCUGUCCUCCUGUUAGGUGAUAAAGUCAUCCCUCUGUUCAUCUCCCAAUGUGGCCAGUGCCGGUUCUGCAAGAGCCCAAAGACCAACCUGUGUGAGAAGGGCUGGUGAGGUCCCAUUACUAGCCUUGUCUUGAGAAACUUUCACAAUACUUUAUUUUUUAUAUAUUUUGUAUAUAACUUUUGUGUGUUAUUCUUGCACUGAACAUGAGCCAAUCCCACCAGGGCCAGUGAUAGGUAUGAUGUGAUGUCAGAGUCAGACACCCGGUUCACCUGUAAGGGGAAGAAGGUGCUGCAGUUCAUGGGGACCAGCACCUUCUCAGAGUACACCGUGGUCAAUGAGAUCGCUGUGGCCAAGAUCCAUCCCUCAGCCCCCCUCGACAAGGUCUGUCUCCUCGGCUGUGGAGUCGCCACCGGAUAUGGCGCAGCCCUUAACACAGCCAAGGUGUGAAUUGUAACUUCAAAGUAUCAGGUUUAGUUGUGGUGAUGUCUUUGUAUACUAAAGUGUUGAUGCAUAGGAUACCUUUCCCCCCAGGUGGAGCCAGGGUCUACAUGUGCUGUGUUUGGCCUGGGGGCUGUGGGGUUGGCAGCGGUCAUGGGUUGCAAAAACGCUGGGGCCAAGAGGAUCAUCGCCAUUGAUAUUAACCCGGCCAAGUAUGAGAAGGCCAAGGUCUUCGGUGCCACAGAGUUUGUCAACCCCAAGGACCACAACAAACCCAUCAGUCAAGUGCUUUCUGAGAUGACCAAUGGAGGAGUGGACUUUUCCCUAGAAUGUGUGGGGAGUGUGGCCGUAAUGGUGGGUUUAGAUUGUGUGUUUGUAUGAUGUUGAGAUAAAUGCGUGCCUGCAUGUGUGAGGGUGAUGUCUUGAUUGGUCUAAGGCACUGCAUGGCAGUGCUAGCUGUGCCACUAGAGAUCCUGGUUCGAAUCCAGGCUCUGUCGUAGCCGGCCGCGACCGGGAGACCCAUGGGGCGGCGCACAAUUGGCCCAGCGUCGUCCAGGGUAGGGGAGGGAAUGGCUGGCAGGGAUGUAGCUCAGUUGGUAGAGCAUGGUGUUUGCAACGCCAGGGUUGUGGGUUCGAUUCCCACGGGGGGCCAGUAUGAAAAAAAAUAAUGUAUGCACUCACUAACUGUAAGUGGCUCUGGAUAAGAGCGUCUGCUAAAUGACUAAAAUGUAAAAAUGUAAAUGUAUUGAUAUCUCUCUUUAGAGGAGUGCCUUGGAGUCAUGUGUUAAGGGAUGGGGAGUAAGUGUGCUGGUCGGAUGGACUGACAUGGAUGACUUUGCUGCCAGACCCAUUCAGCUCAUAGCUGGCCGCACCUGGAAAGGAUCUCUGUUUGGAGGUGUGCCACCUGUCAAUCAACUGUCAAACACUAUACAGGUAUUUGGGUGUGUGUGAUAUAUUUCUAUCUGUGUGUAUGUCUGUGUGUGUGUCUGCCAGGUUUUAAGAGUAAGGACGGUGUGCCCCAGCUGGUGAAUGAGUACCUGGAGAAGAAGGUGAAGCUGGAUGAGUUUGUCACCCACAACAUGACCCUGGACCAGGUCAAUGACGCCAUCCAGCUCAUGAAGACUGGAGACUGGUAACUUUCACAUUAGUACUGUUUGUCCCUGUGAGAAGUUUAAUUUAAUGUUCAGAAAAAUAAAUGCUUGUUUUCUUUUGUUCUCCUUGUUUUGCAGUAUCCGGUCAGUCCUGAGUGUGUCACUGCAGUAACAGGGUCAACUCAACCCAGCCAAUCACACAUAUUCUUUCCUGCUCAGCCAAUCAACGAGCAAAACUAUACAAUAUGGCUUGAUAAACCAAUGAUUCACUAUAUCACAAUUGGUAUUAGUAGGGGUGAAUACUCAAUGGUAGGUAGCAUACUGUAGGCUUGCUGAUUAUAACCAUUGUAACAACAGUGAUAAUCAUAAUGUUCUUCUUUUGUUAUGUUGCCUGGUAGCCAAUUAUGUUUCUGCUUUAGUCAUUGUCAAGUUUGAGUUGGAUAAAGUACAAUGAGAUCUGGCUAUCAUGUUGCCAUGUAUGUCAGUUUUUAAUAAAAUAAUUCCCCACUU